CUGGAUAGCUCUGAUUGCCAAUGUGUAUACCUUUAAAAACACUUUGUCUUAUUUGUGGAUAAAAUACUAUCUUACGAUUUGAUAGGGUGUUUGUUCACCCAAAAGAUAAAAUAAUCUAAAGAGCAACUGAAGGAGCACUGCCCGUUUGCAGUUUGACUUGCAGUUCCUUGACAAACAUUUCAGGCAGGAUCCUGUUAAAGGCUGACAUGUAGUUACAGUCACUGUUCUGAAUUUGGGUAUUGCUUUUUUUGUCUGUAUGAGAACUAGAUUAGAUGUUAUCAAUUCUUGCUGCUUUUAGUGAACAAAAGGUGACUGCUGUUCAUUUCCUUUCUGGAGCUUUGGAGACAUGGUCAAGUUCUUAGAACCAGGGGGUAGUUGUUUUCCCUCUUGUUUGGGCCCGAUGAGAGAAAGGGAAAGUUAAGGAUGCUGGAGCAGAACAAUGGAUUUCUCCUUCUCUUUCAUGCAAGGGAUCAUGGGAAACACAAUUCAGCAACCACCUCAACUCAUUGACUCCGCCAACAUCCGUCAGGAGGAUGCCUUUGACAACAGCAGUGACAUUGUUGAAGAUGGUGGCCAGACACCGUAUGAAGCUACCUUGCAGCAAGGCUUUCAGUACCCACCUACAACGGAAGACCUUCCUCCUCUCACAAAUGGCUAUCCACCAUCAAUCAGCAUGUACGAAACCCAGACCAAAUACCAGUCAUAUAAUCAGUAUCCCAAUGGGUCAGCCAAUGGCUUUGGUGCCGUUAGAAACUGUAGCCCUCCCGACUAUUACCAUUCCGAAAUUCCAAACACAAGACCACAUGAGAUUCUGGACAAACCUUCCCCUCCACAGCCACCACCCCCUCCUUCGGUACCACAAACUGUGAUUCCAAAGAAGACUGGCUCACCUGAAAUCAAACUGAAAAUAACCAAAACUAUCCAGAAUGGCAGGGAAUUGUUUGAGUCCUCCCUUUGCGGAGACCUCUUAAACGAAGUGCAGGCGCACGAGCACAGCAAGUCCAAGCAUGAGAGCAGAAAGGAGAAGAGGAAAAAGAGCAGCAAGCACGCGGCGUCCAGGGCCGAGGAGCGCAGGGCGCACAAAGCCCCCAGGCUGGAGCCUCAAGAACCCAGUAGACCAAAUGAAAGGGUUGACACUGUAUCAGAAAAACCAAGAGAAGAUCCAGUAUUAAAAGAAGAAGCCCCAGCUCAGCCGAUACCAUCUUCUGUGGCAGCACCAGAAGUGUCAACUGGUGUUAAGUUCCAGGUUGGUGAUCUUGUUUGGUCCAAGGUGGGAACCUAUCCUUGGUGGCCUUGUAUGGUUUCAAGUGAUCCCCAGCUCGAGGUUCAUACCAAAAUUAACACAAGAGGUGCCCGGGAAUAUCAUGUCCAGUUUUUCAGCAAUCAGCCAGAGCGGGCCUGGGUUCAUGAAAAGCGAGUCCGAGAGUAUAAAGGUCAUAAACAGUACGAAGAGCUACUGGCCGAGGCAACUAAACAAGCCAGCAAUCACUCUGAGAAACAAAAGAUUCGGAAACCUCGACCUCAGAGAGAACGUGCUCAGUGGGACAUUGGCAUUGCCCAUGCAGAGAAAGCCUUGAAAAUGACUCGAGAAGAAAGAAUAGAACAGUACACUUUCAUCUACAUUGAUAAACAGCCAGAAGACCAAGCAAAAAAGAAUGCUGCCUCCAAAGCCGAAGUUAAAAAACCCCGCAAGCCAAGAUCUGUCCCGAACACUCAGCCAGAACAGCCCAGUGCAGGGGAGGUGGCCUCCUCACAGUCAAGUACUGAGAACCGGAGACAAAGCCAGCGGAGGCAUGCGAGUGUGGAGGAGGAGGAGCCACCCCCAGUAAAGAUAGCCUGGAAGACAGCAGCAGCCAGGAAGUCCUUACCAGCUUCCAUCACCAUGCACAAGGGGAGUCUGGAUUUGCAAAAGUGCAACAUGUCUCCAGUUGUGAAAAUUGAACCAGUGUUUGCUCUUCAGAAUGCCACAGGAGAUGGGAAAUUUAUCGAUCAGUUUGUUUAUUCAACAAAGGGAAUUGGUAACAAAACGGAAAUAAGUGUCCGAGGGCAGGAGAAGCUUCUAAUUUCUACACCAAACCAGAAGAGUGAAAAGCCAGUGCAGAGUGUAUCAUCUCCUGAGGCAACAGCUGGUGCUGCAGGCUCAGUAGAAAAGAAGCAGCAGAGAAGAUCAAUUCGGACGCGUUCUGAAUCAGAGAAAUCCACCGAGGCUGUGCCAAAGAAGAAGAUCAAAAAGGAGCAGGUUGAAACAGUUCCUCAGGCUACGGUGAAGACUGGAUUACAGAAAGGUGCCAGCGAGAUUUCAGAUUCCUGUAAACCUCUAAAGAAAAGGAGUCGCGCCUCAACUGAUGUAGAAAUGACUAGCUCAGCAUACAGAGACACAUCUGACUCCGAUUCUAGAGGACUGUGUGAUCUGCAGGUGGGCUUUGGGAAGCAAGUAGACAGCCCUUCAGCCACUGCUGACGCUGAGGUUUCUGAUGUGCAGUCCGUGGACUCCAGCUUGUCCAGAAGAGGCGUUGGCACGAGUAAGAAGGACACUGUGUGUCAGAUCUGUGAAAGCUCUGGCGACUCUCUGAUUGCUUGUGAGGGAGAGUGCUGCAAACACUUCCACCUAGAGUGCCUGGGGCUGACCUCACUGCCGGAUGGGAAGUUCAUCUGUGUGGAAUGUCAGACCGGACAGCACCCCUGUUUCUCCUGCAAGAUGUCCGGAAAGGAUGUGAAGCGCUGUUCUGUGGGUGCCUGUGGGAAAUUCUACCAUGAAGCCUGUGUCCGCAAAUUCCCCACUGCCAUCUUUGAGUCCAAAGGAUUCCGCUGUCCCCAGCACUGCUGCUCUGCCUGCUGCGUGGAGAAAGACAUCCACAAAGCGAGUAAAGGCCGCAUGAUGAAGUGUCUGCGGUGUCCCGUUGCCUACCACUCUGGAGAUGCUUGUGUCGCGGCCGGAAGCAUGUUUGUGUCCUCCUACAUUCUCAUCUGUAGUAAUCAUUCCAAACGGAGCAGCAGUUCUUCUGCUGUAAAUGUAGGCUUUUGUUUCGUUUGUGCCAGAGGUGGAAGAUUGCUCUGCUGUGAGUCGUGUCCCGCCUCCUUCCACCCAGAGUGCCUGAGCAUAGACAUGCCCGAAGGCUGCUGGAACUGUAACGACUGCAAAGCCGGCAAGAAGCUGCAUUACAAGCAGAUUGUGUGGGUCAAGUUGGGAAACUACAGAUGGUGGCCUGCAGAGAUCUGCAACCCCAGGUCUGUGCCCCUCAACAUCCAGGGACUGAAACACGACCUGGGGGACUUCCCUGUGUUCUUCUUUGGAUCCCAUGACUACUACUGGGUGCACCAGGGCCGAGUCUUCCCAUACGUGGAAGGAGACCGAAGCUUUGCUGAGGGACAGACCAGCAUCAACAAGACCUUCAAGAAAGCACUGGAAGAAGCUGCAAAACGUUUCCAGGAACUGAAAGCACAGAGGGAAAGUAAGGAAGCACUGGAGAUUGAAAAAAAUUCAAGAAAACCACCUCCGUACAAACACAUCAAGGCCAACAAAGUCAUCGGGAAGGUACAGAUCCAAGUCGCUGACCUGUCGGAGAUCCCCCGCUGUAACUGCAAGCCCGCCGACGAGAACCCGUGUGGCCUGGAGUCCCAGUGCCUCAACAGGAUGUUGCAGUACGAGUGCCACCCACAGGUGUGCCCGGCUGGAGAGCGUUGUCAGAACCAGUGCUUCACGAAGAGGCUCUACCCUGACGCCGAGAUCAUCAAGACCGAGCGAAGAGGAUGGGGCCUCAGGACCAAGAGGAGCAUUAAGAAGGGUGAAUUCGUGAAUGAAUAUGUUGGUGAAUUAAUUGACGAAGAAGAAUGCAGACUGCGCAUCAAACGAGCACAUGAGAACAGUGUAACUAAUUUUUAUAUGUUAACUGUUACCAAGGACCGGAUCAUUGACGCUGGCCCCAAAGGCAAUUACUCUCGUUUUAUGAACCACAGCUGUAAUCCAAACUGCGAAACACAGAAGUGGACGGUGAACGGAGAUGUCCGCGUUGGACUGUUUGCCCUUUGUGAUAUUCCUGCAGGAAUGGAGCUGACAUUUAAUUACAACCUGGACUGUCUGGGGAACGGCAGGACGGAGUGCCACUGCGGGGCGGUCAACUGCAGCGGCUUCCUAGGGGUGCGACCCAAGUCGGCCUGUGCGUCAACAGCUGAGGAGAAGGCCAGGAACGCCAAGCUGAAGCCCAAGAGGCGGAAGCCCAAAGCAGAACCAAAGCGGGCGCAUGAAGAUUACUGUUUUCAGUGUGGAGACGGAGGAGAGCUGGUCAUGUGUGACCAAAAAGACUGUCCCAAAGCGUACCACCUGCUAUGCCUUAACCUGACACAGCCGCCCUACGGAAAGUGGGAGUGCCCGUGGCACCAGUGCGACGCGUGCGGUAGCACCGCCACCUCCUUCUGCGAGUUCUGCCCACACUCCUUCUGUAAGGAGCACGCCCAGGGGGCCCUGGUGCCGUCAGCCCUGGAGGGCCGCCUCUGCUGCUCCGAGCACGAGCCCGGGGCGCCCGUGUCCGAGGAGUACUGGAGCAAGAUGAAGUGCAAGCGGGAGUCGCAGGAGCAGGUGGAAGAAGCCCGAGAAUGA